CACAGCUGAGAUCCCAAACUCACUGUCUACAUGUGUUUCAUAUUGUCGCUCUCUUUGUCGAAUCAUUUGUAUGUGCGGUGACAAAUGCGACGAUUAUAUAUGUAAUUAUAUAGCACACGGUCGCGCGCUCGCCAGAGGCGUGGACCGUUAGCACAAGGACCACAAAACUUCUCGCCGCGACUGACAUCUACUGCAUCAAAGGUACACCUGGGCAUGUUGUGUGCGCGAGCAGAUAAUGCGAUCGUCCGGUUGUGGUUCGGAACCUUUCCAAAUCCUUACUUUAUAAUCCCAUUCUAUACAUGACCGUGAACAACUGUCGAUCAUCCAAGUUGUCGGCCAGGAUGGAAACAAGCGACGGUUCUUCCACCUUGGGUUCAUCAUCCUCCGCUGCGAGCUCGACCACAAUUGACAGACCCCGUCCCGCAGCGGGUCGCAAGAUGCACUCCUUUGUUCCGGAACACAUCCAUGAAAUUCUUGCUUGGUUUGGAGACAAUGCGCAACCAUGGUGGAUGGAAGGUGACAAGUGUCAGAUGCACAUACGGCGGCCAAACAUCUGUCGGGUUCUAAUUUGUCGAGCUCAGAAUAAGGGACUGGUGAUCUUGAUGAUGAUCUUGAUGAUCGCCCAGCUGUUCGCAUAAUGUUAUGAUCUGGUCAUAUGAUGGCUUUGGAGGGAGAUGGUCUGAUCGUGAGCAAGACGGCCUGUUGAGAACUUUAUGUCAGGACAAUUCGGCCUUAGGCUUUGUCUAUUGAUUGUUUCAUCAUAGGUAUACUGGUGGACACUUCAAGCUGAGCAAUCGACAGCUUGUGACCUCUCUUUUGAACUUUGACCAGCUGUGAUGGACAAGCAGCACGCGACACUAGUAAGAGAUAUGAAACAUCACACUACGUGAUAGACUACCGUGGCGAAUUGAGAUGUAGAACUCACAUUUCAAAGGCUUGCUUAUGAGC